AUGUUAACUCGAUUUAUCUCUACUAUUACUCAUCAUCAAAAUAUAACAUCACUUCGUCUAAUAAGUACUAGUGUACUACGAUUAGGCGAUGGUGAUCAUACAAAAUCAAAAGCUGAAGAGAAAGCAGCAGCUGAUCUUAAAACAGGCAAAGAAAAACGAUGGUUAGAUACAGUAGCUUCCGAUAGUGAAGCCAUUGUUAAAGGUGAAAAACAACAUGCUAAAAAACAAGGUGAUCUCAAGAAAGAUGUGUCUAAACUUCAACAAGAUACGAUUGCAGCUGUUAAAGAUAAAGAAGCUAAAGGCCAUCUACCAAAACAUGAUGUUGGUCGACGAGAUACCCAUGAAGAACGAAUUGGUAGUGGCGGUAGUGGUAAUACCAAACAGAAAAAACGUUGA